AUGAAAAUAUCAAUCAUAUCACUUUUUUUGUUAUAUAUAAUAUUACAAUCAUUCGUCAAAUCUCAAAGUUUAUUGAAUUCAAUAGCUACUUGGAGUAAAUCUACUAGAAUAUUAUUUUUAGAUGAAGAUAAAGCUAUAGAAGAUUGUCUAAGAAAAUUUCUUGGGUUAAAAAAUAGUAUUAAAGAAAAAACAACAAAUCCAACAAGAAGAAAUCCUCCACCACCUGAUUAUAUGACAAUUUCUUAUAUUUAUAAAGAUAGAAACUUCACAGCUUUAUCAGGACCUUCAAUGCUUGAUUCUGAAGUAUCUAAAUGUAAUGGAAUAUUUUAUCGUGAAAUAUCUGUAACAAAAAGUAUAUUGCCAACUAUAUAUCCACAUUUAACCAUACAAUUUAUUGGUCAAGUUGAAAAUUAUAAAAUGUCAAAAUUUGGUUUUACAUGCUCAGAUUCUUUAUCAUAUGUAAUUGUUGAUUGUAGUGCAGAAACUGUGUAUAUAUCAAUAAUAUUACCAGGAGUAUCAAAUAAUGAUAAAUCAGAAAUUCAUUUUAUAAAUUUACCUUCCGGUUUAAAAUGUGGUAAUCCAUCAGCAGAAUCAUGGAUUGAAACAAGAAUAUAUUUUAAAGAGAAAUCUUCAGAUAAUUAUUUAUUUAUUAAUGGUAUAGGACAAUUUACAUCAAUUUGGGAAUAUUCAACAGAUUUAAAUGAAGAAAGUUCAAGUUUUGAAUUCCCAAAUCCAUGUCCAUCACGUGAAGUGAUAUUUUUUACAAGUGGAUUUAAAAAUAUACAAACUCAAAUAAUACCAAGUAACUUAUUUAAUAAAAAAUUUUCUACACCAAAUAGUAAUUUAUUAUUACCAUUUAGAACAGCUUCCUCAUAUGUUAUAUAUGGUAAACAAAAAAAAGAUAUUGAGAGAUUUUCAACAUCUAUUAAAAUUCCUAAUUAUGCAGAUCAGAUUUUAGAAUAUGAGGCUUUACCAGAAGAUUAUGAGAAUCAAGAAAUUUCAUCAUCAAUUUCUGGAAAACCAAUAUUUAUUCAUAUUAGUUUACUUCCAUUUACUGAACAAUUAUCAAUAUCUGUAAAUAAUAAAGCUCAGAAUAUACAUCAAGAUUCGGUCAUGGUAUGGAAUAAUAUGGUAGAAUCAAAAGAUAUAGAUAAUGAUAUAGAUCUAAACACUAUAAAAAUUAAAGGAGCCCCUGAAUUGUAUCUUAGUGGUAUAUAUAGCGUAAAUUUAACUUCAUUAGAUCCUGAUAGUCCAAUUUAUACAACAUAUACAAAUGGUUUUUGUGCAUUUCCUGGAGCUCAAUUAGUUGAACCAUUUUAUCAAAUUGUAGAUAAUGUAUAUGGUGUUGAUGAUUGUAAUGUAUUAUGUCAAGAAGAUCCACAUUGUUGGCUUUGGUCAUAUAAUACUGAAUCUAGACAAUGUUCAUUUCAUAUGAAUGCUCUUCCAUUUGAAUACUUGAGUGCACCAAGUGUAGUAUCUGGACCAAGAUUUUGUCAAUGUAAUUAUGAAAUACCAAAUAAAUUAUUUGAUUUAUUAAAUAAUGAAGAUAAUAAUAACAAUAUAAAUAAAUUUAAUCAGACAAUGAUAAAUUGGAAUAAUAUUAUAGAUAAUAAUAAUACAAAGAAUUCGGAAUUAUUUGAAUGUCAAUAUCCAUUUUUUGGAUUUGCUAUAACAAGUGGUGAAACAUUACUUAAUACAACAGCACCUUCACCACAAAUUUGUCUACAACAAGUAUUAGUUGAUCAUGGUGGAAUUGCAACACAUUGGAUAUAUGAUUCACUUACACAAAGGUGUGAAAGUACAAUUGGUGGUUAUCCAAGACCACAAAAAUUUGGACCUCCCAUUCAUUCUUCUAAUAUUAAUACUGAUUACAAUACAAAUUUAUCUCAAGUAGCAAAUUCAUUUUUAUUGGGUGGUAUUGUUCCAAAAAUGUCAAUUUUAUCUACAUCUUCAAAUACUCGUAUGCUACAAAGUUCAUAUUUUACAAUGUUACCAAAUAGUAAUCCAAACAUAAAUUUAGAUAAAAGUAAUAAAAAUCAUAAUUAUAUAAAUUAUUUACCUAAUUUUAAACCUAUUCCUGAUGUUGGUUCAUAUAAUCAAGACACAAUUACAACCUCUCCAAAAAUUAAAACUACUUCAACAACAACUACUACUACAACUACAACUACUACACCUUCAACAACUACUACAACUACUACAACUACUACUACUACACCUU